AUGGCAAUGCAAUACAUGAAAUCGAUUAGGAGGAAACCAGUGGCGAAAACAGAGUCGACAUCAACGCCAGCAACAGAAACACAUGGUCCUGUAUUGACGGAUGAGGACGAGGCAUUCCUACACCAUGUUGCAACCUCAUCGUCUAUAUCAGGAAGUGAUAGCGGUGACAAACAGCCUGGAGGAUCCAAAGAUGAACAAGGCAGGGCACUUGUUGAUGAGCCGUUGGACGAUGACUUGAGACGUUUGGCUGAGGAUAGAGGCUCGCAGGAGAAGCUCGACACUCCUGAUACUGAGCCUACCGCCGCCACUGCAUCGUCUGCCUCCACUGAUCAAAAGAAGAUGGAGAAAGGACACAAGUCACGCAAGAGCCUGUGGGGGAUACUUAAAGAUAGAAAGUGGAUGGGAGAAACCGAGAAAGUAGACAAGGGGAAGGCUAAAGUGGCUGAUGAUACCCAGUCAAGCGGCGAAGCGGCCGGUAAAGGAAAAAAUGAGGAGAGAAAGGAGGAUCAAGAUCUAUCCAAAGUCCUAGAGCAAUUGAACCUGGCAGCUGUCAACAACCGCGUCUUUUCGAUUAGUAGCGAUACACAGGCGCUUCUUGAACAGUUCAAACAAGUGUUCAAAGACCUGGUCAACGGAGUACCAACGGCGUAUCGUGACCUUGAGUCCCUACUCACGAAUGGCGACCAGGAGCUACAGAAGAGUUAUACCAAGCUACCCAGUUUUCUUCAGAAGCUUGUCGAAAAGUUGCCCAACAAGAUGACGGAGAAGUUUGCGCCAGAGAUUCUUGCAGCAGCAUCGGCUAGAGCGAGCAAGAGUGGUAUCAACAUGCAGCAUGUAGACAAGGCGACCAGCACGGCAAAGAAGAUAGGCAUUGAAGUACCCAACCUGAAGGAGCUGGCCGGCAAGCCUGCAGCCCUCGCGGGAUUGCUCCGGUCUAUCAUUGCAUUUUUACGUGCUAGGUUCCCUGCUUUGAUUGGAAUGAAUGUUCUUUGGUCUCUGGGGCUGUUCAUUCUACUUAUGGUUCUAUGGUACUGCCACAAGCGCGGCCGUGAGGAGCGGCUUGCGAGGGAAGCUAGCAUGGCCGGAGAAGGUGAGAAAGCAGACGGUGAAGAAGCUAGGGUGAUCGAUGUCACAGACGAGGCAUCGCCGUCGAUGACGCCUGCGGCCGUGGGAGCACCAGCAGCAGCCACAGGGACGGUAGCAAACACCGAAAGUGAUGCCCAACUCACAAGGCAGGUGGAGGGUCAAGUGCAGGCUGCAACGACGCAGAUCGAAGCCCCGACCACUGCCACCUCAGAAGUAGCUGCAACAGACAAGGAACCACGUCAAACGAAGGAAGAGGAUAAUGUGAAGGUAUAG